AUGGCUCCCCCGAAGACCAAGACCCAAUGGGAUCACCAGUACAAUACUUUGCGCCGUGAAGACUUAUUCCGAAACCCCCCCACAGAUCACACCGCAUACCCUCUCCUACAGAUCGCCGUCAACCCGCACAUCGAGUCCUUCAAUGCCCUUUUUCCCUCGGAUGGAAGGCAAGGGAUCAUAGCCCAUGGCUUGGCGGAUAUUGGAACAAAAGUCUUCUACGACAGUCCUGAUGGAUCCUCCGCGAACGCGAGAAACAAAUUGACGAUCCGAUACAAGAGCGUGCAACUCCAAAAGUCCAUGCUUCCGCCGUCAAACAAGUUCGCAAAGACUCGCGAGAUCUUCCCUGCCGAGGCUCGUGAGAGACAUGCUACAUACCGUGGCAAGUUGACAGCCACUCUCGAAUACAGAGUCAAUGAUGGAGACCCGUGCGAGUUCGUCCGAGAGCUGGGAAACAUGCCCAUCAUGAUCAAGUCAAACAAGUGCCACUUAGAAAACAACUCCCCAGCCCUUCUUGUGCAACGGAAAGAGGAGUCCGAGGAAUUGGGCGGCUACUUCAUCGUGAACGGAAACGAGAAGAUCAUUCGGAUGCUGUUGAUGAACAGACGGAAUUACCCUCUCGCCAUCAAUCGCCCCAGUUUCACGAAUCGUGGGCACGCAUACACCCCUUACGGAAUCAUAAUGCGAUGUGUACGACCAGACGAGACAUCGCAGACAAACGUCCUACACUACUUGAAUGACGGAAAUGUGACCUUCCGCUUUUCUUGGAGGAAGAACGAGUACCUUGUCCCAGUCAUGAUGAUUAUGAAAGCGUUGGUCGAGACCAACGAUCGGGAGGUUUUCGAGGGCCUGAUCGGUCCGGCAGGUUCGAAGGGUUCGGAGAACACGUUCCUGACGGACCGUGUUGAGUUGCUCCUCCGCACGUACAAGAGCUACGGCCUGUACAGCAAGACGAAAACUCGAUCAUACCUCGGAGAGAAGUUUAGGGUUGUCCUUGGCGUGCCAGACAGCAUGUCUCACUACGAGGUGGGCACGGAGUUUUUGCGCAGAAUCGUGCUCGUUCACCUUGGCAAUGUCAACGUCACUGAGGAGCAAGACGCCGACAAGUUCAAAAUGCUCCUCUUCAUGAUCCGGAAGCUGUACGCCCUCGUCGCGGGUGACUGCGCGGUCGAUAAUCCCGAUGCCGUUCAGAACCAGGAGAUACUUCUGGGCGGUUUCCUAUACGGCCAAAUAUUGAAGGAACGUCUUGAUGAGCUCCUCUCGGUCGGCGUCAGGGCUUCACUCAGAGAUUACCUGAGAAGGAAGCCUGGCCACAACUUCAUGUCACCCCAGUUUUCGAAAGAUUUUCCGGCGGCAAUAUUCCGGAAGACGACGGAAAAUCUUGGCCAGCUCCUGGAGUACUUCCUUUCGACGGGCAACCUGAUGAGUCCUUCUGGGUUGGACUUGCAACAGACCUCGGGCUUUACGGUGGUCGCUGAAAAGCUCAACUUCCUUCGUUUCAUCAGCCACUUCCGCAUGGUCCAUCGUGGCAGCUUCUUUGCUCAACUCAAAACCACAACAGUCCGGAAACUUCUACCCGAGUCUUGGGGUUUUCUAUGUCCAGUACACACCCCUGAUGGUGCUCCUUGUGGAUUGCUCAACCAUCUGGCCCACAAGUGCCAGAUCAUGACGAGCAAUGUCGAUGCUUCCCCGAUCCCACAGCUGGCUUUCGAACUUGGUGUCGUCGGGAUCUCGUCGGCCGCCACGGACGAGAGCGUCGUUGUAAUACUCGAUGGAAGGAUUGUUGGCUGGUGCACUCCAAAAGAGUCCAAGAGAAUCGCAGAUACCCUGAGGUACUGGAAAGUGCAAGGCUCUCACCGGGUACCGAAGUCACUCGAAAUCGGCUAUGUGCCACCAUCGAAGGGAGGGUCUUAUCCCGGUAUCUACAUGUCCUCCCAACCUUCGAGGAUGGUGAGACCGGUCAAAUACCUGCCGCUCGAGAAGGAAGACUUGGUUGGCCCGUACGAGCAACCUUACAUGUCAAUCGCCUGUGUUGAAAAUGAGAUUGUUUCCGGAGAGUCAACGCAUGUGGAAUUCGACCCUACUAACAUCCUGUCCAUCUUGGCCAACAUGACACCAUUCUCCGACUUCAACCAAUCUCCUCGAAACAUGUAUCAAUGUCAAAUGGGUAAACAAACCAUGGGAACUCCAGGAGCAGCUAUUCGUCACCGCACAGACAACAAGAUGUACCGUUUACAGACAGGACAAACGCCUAUCGUGAGAGCCCCUCUGCACAACGCGUAUGGCUUUGACAAUUUCCCCAACGGAACAAAUGCUGUUGUCGCAGUCAUUUCCUACACUGGCUAUGAUAUGGACGACGCCAUGAUUAUCAACAAGUCCGCACAUGAAAGGGGUUUUGGGCAUGGCACAAUCUACAAGACGAAGAAAAUUAGCCUCAAAGACGACUCAAGAACUCGGUCAUCCGCCACGAUAGAAAAGAUGUUCGGUUUCGCACCCAGAGGAACGACUCGGUCGUGGCACCGCGAUACGCUCGAUGAGGAUGGUCUCCCCUAUGUUGGCCAGGAGGUGAAGGCUGGUGACCUGAUUUGUGCAUGGCACACUGUCUCUUCCGACGGGCACGGCGGACUGGAAAACAAGGAUGGCAUGACGCACUUCGAAAAGUACAAGGAGGAUGAAGUUGCGUACAUCGAAGAGGUCCGCAUAAUCGGCAGCGAAAGUGGCACCGAGCCCGCCCAAAACUUGUCCAUCAAGUUUCGGAUACCUCGGUCUCCCACCAUCGGCGACAAGUUCUCCUCCAGACACGGUCAGAAAGGUGUUUGCUCUCAAAAAUGGCCGUCCAUCGACCUGCCAUUCUCGGAGUCGGGGAUACAGCCUGAUGUGAUUAUCAAUCCUCACGCUUUCCCGUCUCGUAUGACCAUUGGCAUGUUCGUGGAAUCGCUUGCUGGCAAGGCAGGUGCAUUGCACGGCCUGGCGCAAGACUCGACCCCCUUCAAGUUUGACGAGGAGAAUACGGCCGGCGAUUAUUUUGGCCACCAGCUCAUGAAGGCCGGCUACAACUACCACGGAAACGAGCCAAUGUACUCGGGAAUCACUGGUGAGGAGUUUGCUGCCGACAUCUAUAUUGGAGUGGUCUACUACCAGCGUCUCCGUCACAUGGUCAACGACAAGUACCAAGUACGAACCACCGGUCCGGUGGUGCCCCUGACGGGCCAGCCCAUCAAAGGCAGGAAGAAGGGAGGUGGUAUCCGUGUGGGAGAAAUGGAACGAGACGCUCUGCUCGCCCACGGCACUGCAUUCCUCUUGCAAGAUCGGCUGCUGAAUUGCUCGGACUAUACCAAGUCGUGGGUCUGUCGGAAGUGCGGCUCGUUCCUAUCUGUACAGCCAACAGUCACGCCGUACGUGGGGAAGAAGAAGACCAUCGACACCGUCCGCUGUAGGAAUUGUGCCAGGCGGCUCGAUGACGAGACGGAUCUUACCGAGUUGGAUGGGGAGAUCUGGGAAGAUGGCCAGGGUGUUCAAUGGGUCGGCGGCGAGGACACGACUGUCAUUGUCGUGCCCGGCGCGCUGAAGUACCUGGAUGUGGAACUUGCGGCCAUGGGAGUCAAGUUGAAGUACCACAUCGACCCGGUCGACAAGGACCGCGCUGGGAAGCGGGUGAAACGGAUCGGACUGGACGAAUGGAAGCAAGGGGCACCGGCGUUGGCAGUUUCUUCAUAG